CCUUACACAUCUUAUAAUAGUCAUCAAACAAGACCAUUGUCACAAUUAUCAACACAUUAUACGUCUAGUAACCAUAGUACUUCGAAGAAUAAUAGCAAUUCGCAUAAGCGGCAACCACAACGUCAUCGAAAAAAGUCUUCAUCGAGUUCUGCCACAAGCUCUUCAAAUGAUUCGUCCUGUAGUUCAUCAUCCAAUUCAUCGUCGUCAUCAGAAUUUUCCGACUCUGAUGAUGAGACAACAACCAGUAAAAAUUCGCCAAAAGAUCUUGUUGUAAACAAAAAAGUUGAAAAAGCAGUUCCAGCUGAAGAAGAAGAGGAUAAACGUGAACGACCAAGUUUAGAUGCGAGAAUUGAUGCGAUUCUUAAACAGCAACAACCAAACAUACAUCAUCCUAAGGCGACGCCAUCAUUUCCUAAUCUGCCACCAAUGUCACAUGCUCCUCCGCCCAUAUUUCCGUUGCCCCCCAUUCCACCGCAUUUACUUGGCCAUCAGCAACAACAACCGGUUUAUGGUGUUGAUCAUACAGUUAUAAAUAAUUUCAAUUUCUUUGGUUCAUCGUUUCCGCCCGCAUCAUUUUUGAAUUCAAACGGUGGCACAAACUGGCAAGAUCUUUUUCGUCCUCUGUUAGAUUUAGGUAAAGAAGAACCAUCGACUUAUGGAUACCAACAACAAAAACCUUCUCCCAUGGCUCCUCCGCCACCACCGCUUCCGAAAGCAGGAACAAUGCCACCUCCACUCGUACCAAUUGCCGAUGAUUUACGUUCAAAUAAAGGUCAAGAUUUAACAACAAAUGUGUCAAACAUUGUUAAUAAAGAGUUGAUCGAUUUAAUACGUAAGGAUUUGACAAAAAAACUUGUUGAAACACUUGUUUAUAAAACCAUCGAGAUGUGGUACGAUAAUCAAGAACAAAAGGCAAAAGUACGAAAAAUUAAAUCAGUGGAAUCAAAUAAUAACAGUUAUCAAUCACAUUCAUCUCAGUCACUAUUGAAUGGUAGUGCAGAGCAUGAAACAUCAUCUCAAACGAUAGUAUCAUCGGCACAACGCGUGUCAUCAAAUAUUCUAACAGAUCGUGUAGGAGGUAAAGAAGAUUUAUUACAGUGUAACAAUACUGCGACAUCAACAACAACUCAUACGCCAUUACCACUUUCAUCUUCAAUCACACGUAUUGCUGAUACAACAGCUUAUUUUGAACAAAUACGUGAACAUGGUUCAACUGGUCAUCUGACUGUGCGAUCACAAAUGCCAAAACUACCAUCAUUUCGGAUUCAGAAAAGAAUUGUUCAAGAAGAAAAACGUCAUUCACCGCCAUCAUCUAAAAAUAAAAAGACAUCGUCGACCGUACAUGACCAUAGAAAAGAAAGUGAGCGACGUCAUCAUUCACGUAAACGUGUUCGUACUUACAGCAGUAGUAGUUCGACUAUAAGUACAACUAGUCGUAGCAGCAGCAGUAGCAAUAGCGCUUCAAGUGACGACGAAUCAAAACACGAUAAUGUCAGUCAACAGCCAAAGUUGAGUCCAUCUGUUGAUUUGACUAUUGAAACUAAAUCACAAAUUAAUAAUAAUUCUAAUUUGAUCAGUAAUGAUGAAAUAAAUAAAUCGAUGAUUGUUGACACUGCCGUGGAGGAAGAAGAAGGUGAAAUUAGAGAUGAGAAACAACUACCAGAAGAUAAAGAACAGAUUGUGGAAACUAAAGUGAUAAAAAAACCAUCAACUGUAAACAAAAUUAAGAAACAAACAAAAAUACCAUCAAAAAAAAAAGAAAAGAUAAAAUCAACAGCAAUACCAUCAAAAAAACGAAAGACAGAUGUAUGCAAUCUUGAAAACGAAUGUUUUGAUGGAAAACUGUUAUCACGAUCAAAUGGAAAUAGACAGCAAAAUUUCAACGACGAUAGUAAUCUAUUGAAAAAUAUCAGAACAACUGAAUUGAUAAUACCGCUCAAACGUGCUAAAUUACCUCAAUACGAAUCAAAAACAGAGAGACGUGAUUCGAAGUUAGCAGCAUCAAGUUCAAGUCAUCCCGAACAACAAAUAUUGACUCAUUUCAAGGAAGAAACAUCAGAUAAAACUGCAAAUACGUUUGAAAUCAUUAAUCCGAGUUCCGUACAGACAUACAAUAUUCUAACACAAGAUGUAUUCAAUGGCAUAAAGAGUGAAGCAAAACCACCAACUGGCUUGUUUGAUUAUAUUCGUUUUGAACACGACUAUGCUAGUUAUGUUCCAAUACCGGUUAAUCAUUUUACUACAUCCGAAGUUGUUGCUACGCCGAUAUUAGACAAAAAAACGACUAUUAAACCUUUGCCAAGAAAGGGAAUGGUAGACGACGACACAUCAUUAAAACCAAGUAAAUUUUCUUCACGUCAAAAUGACGAUGAAAUGCGUAUUAUGUAUGAAAUUAAUGAUGGAAUCGAUGAAGAAGAUAUGAACUAUUUGAAAUUAAGUUUUAUCAAAAUGUCUCAAGAAGGACAGUCAUGUUAUGCAAAUUUAACAAGAUGGGUUGAUCAUCCUCCAAGUCGCGAUUCAUUUUUUAUUCUCAAUAAAACUGCGCCUGAAAAACAUCUCACAGGUAGUGCACGAACUGAAGGCUAUUACAAAGUAGCAUUCGAAGAAAAACUACGUUAUCUGAAAACGUUAGUAGCAAAUGAUGCUCAGUCAUUAUCAAUUAUUCCACAAUUGAUGAUUGAUACAAAUAAUCAAUCAGCAAAAUCAGCACAACUAUCUCGCGGUGCUAGAAGUGAACAAAGGCGUAUAUUAGCAGCAUUAGGCGAUGUUGAAUUUGCUGAUCAUUUUAAAUUUAGUCAGCUAAAACUAAGAAAAAAACGUUUACGUUAUGCCAAAUCUGAUAUACAUGGAUGGGGAUUAUUUGCAUGUGAAACAAUUGCAGCUGAAGAUAUGGUUAUUGAAUAUGUUGGUGAAACAAUUCGACAAACAGUGGCUGACAUACGUGAAAAAGAAUACGAAGUUGAAGGCAUUGAUAGCAAUUAUAUGUUUAGAAUUGACUCAGAAACAAUUGUUGAUGCAACGAAAUGUGGCAAUUUAGCGCGAUUUAUUAAUCAUAGCUGCGAUCCAAAUUGUUACGCAAAAAUAAUUCCUGUCGAAUCACAAAAAAAAAUUGUUAUAUAUUCUAAACGUGAUAUUCGAUUAGGUGAAGAAAUAACCUAUGAUUAUAAAUUUCCAUUAGAAGAACAGAAAAUACCUUGUAGAUGUGGUACACAAACUUGCCGUGGUUCACUCAAUUGA